AAAGUUUGGGCCUGGACAGUAGCCUAGCAAAAAUAUGCCCCAAAAACCCUAAACCCCAACGCUCAUCGUUCCAUUAAUUUCCCUUGCCCACCACCGAGGCAGCUCCCGUCCCACGCUUCCUUUUCCUAAAAAUGGCGGUCGCCCACCUCGUCUGCCGCCCUCUCUCCUGCUCCAAACCCCUCGGAAACCCUAACCCCGCCGCUCCACUCCUCUCCUCCAAGCCCUCCCUCUCCUUCCCAACCCCCUCCCGAUGCAGAUCUCUAGCUCUCAGGGUGUCCUCCUCCGCCGCCCCGGCCUCCGUGCUGGCGGCCGAGGCCUCGUUCCACCACUGCUUCUCCAAGUCCGCCGACGGCUACCUCUACUGCGAGGGCGUCCGGGUCCAGGACGUCAUGGAGGGAGCCGAGAGGAGCCCCUUCUACCUCUACAGCAAGGCCCAGAUCACCCGCAACUUCGACGCCUACCGGGAGGCCCUCGAGGGGCUGCGCUCGAUCGUUGGGUACGCCAUCAAGGCCAACAACAACCUCAAGAUCCUGGAGCACCUCAGGGGACUCGGGUGCGGCGCCGUGCUCGUCAGCGGGAACGAGCUCAGGCUUGCCCUCCGUGCCGGCUUUGACCCUACCAGGUGUAUAUUCAAUGGAAACGGGAAGAUUGUGGAGGACCUUGUAUUAGCUGCCGAAAAUGGUGUAUUUGUUAAUGUUGACAGUGAAUUUGACUUGGAAAACAUUGUGACUGCAGCAAGAGUUGUGGGAAAGAAAGUUCCAGUUUUACUUAGAAUAAACCCAGAUGUUGAUCCACAGGUCCAUCCUUAUGUUGCCACUGGAAACAAGACUUCCAAAUUUGGUAUUCGCAAUGAGAAUUUACACUGGUUUCUAAAUGCUAUUAAGUCAUACUCAAAUGAAAUCAAGCUUGUUGGAGCCCACUGUCAUUUGGGAUCGACGAUCACAAAGGUGGACAUAUUCAGAGAUGCUGCAGUUCUGAUGGUGAAUUACAUUGAUCAAAUUCGCGCGCAAGGUUUUGAACUAGAAUAUCUGAACAUUGGAGGUGGUUUGGGGAUAGAUUACUAUCAUACUGGCACGGUCCUUCCAGCACCCAUGGAUCUCAUCAAUACUGUACGUGAGUUGGUCCUUUCUCGAGAUCUGACUCUCAUUAUUGAACCUGGAAGAUCGCUUAUUGCUAAUACUUGCUGCUUGGUUAAUCGGGUGACUGGUGUUAAAACGAAUGGGACAAAAAAAUUUAUAGUGAUUGAUGGCAGCAUGGCAGAGCUCAUUCGGCCUAGCCUCCAUGGAGCAUAUCAGCACAUAGAGCUGGUCUCUCCUUCCCUUCCAGAUGCAGAAGUUUCGACCUUUGAUGUGGUUGGACCUGUCUGUGAGUCUGCUGACUUCUUAGGGAAAGAUAGAGAGCUUCCAACACCAGCCAAGGGAGCUGGCUUGGUGGUUCAUGAUGCUGGUGCGUACUGCAUGAGCAUGGCUUCAACAUAUAAUCUUAAAAUGCGCCCUCCUGAAUACUGGGUGGACAAUGGAUCAGUGGUGAAAAUUAGGCAUGGGGAGACUUUUGAGGAAUUUGUAAAGUUUUUUGAUGGUCUCUAAUUCUUAAGUCACAGCCAUUUUGUUUAACUGAACUGUAAGUUUGCUCUUGUAAUUUGCUAAAUUACCGGUGUCUGCUCAGUAUCUGUCGUUGAUUAUUGCAAACAUCGGAGAAGGUAAGCAACAUCAGCGGAAGGAUAAAUGAAUGUAUGCUUUACAAUCUAUUGUAGAUACAGAUAUAUCUGCAGUGGUAACAGCAUCAACAUAUCAGUCCUGAAGUGCAUGCAUGGACUUCCACAACUUGACUGUCGAGAAGGUUAAAAAGAUCAGGUAAUUGUUUUCAAGUGCUCAAAGCGUUUACACCUGCAAAGAGUAAAUCACGUUAGUUGGAUGGUGCUGUUGACAUUGUACAUUAAGGAUGAUAUUUGGGUUUGAAAUGCAUUUCCUUCGAACAAGACAGUUCGUUAGUUA